AUGAGAAAUGCAUCCACACGCUGUUGCAACAACAACAACAAAAUCAAUAGGGGGAUUGCUACUGUUAAGGGCCCCGAUGGUGGAAUGCCCUUCUCUGACAUCUUAAUGGAGGUGCGACGUCGUUUGCGGUACCAAAAAGGUCUGAGCGCCACAAGAAAGGAACGUUUGUUACAUGAAUGUCAUUACUUUGCGGCAAUGGAGCAGGCGAAAGGAAAAGGAGCUUCCUUCAAUUACUCACGCUUUGUUUCCAGCCCAACAGGGAUACAGCACACCACCCGUAGGAAUAGCAGUCAUGGAGGCCGCAAGAAAAACUCCUUGUUUCAUGUUCUUCGACACAUGGCCGAAUUCAUUGCAUCCACAGGAGAGUACGGUGAUCCUCUUGUUCCCCUGCAGGGCGGUUAUGAGCAACUGACGCCGGCAAACGGACUUCGGCGGAGUGAGCUUGUGCUGCGAUACACGGAGGCCGCAUUGUCCAUUUCAAAUGACCGGAUGGCAUCUAUCGUGACGCUUGCGUUUGGUCGAUGCUCCCACGAUGAAGAAAGUAUAACAUCAUUGGGUACAGAUGCACUGCCGUUGGACUCCGGAAGUGAGAAUAUGCCGAUGAAUGGAGAGGAGGAGAAGGAGGAGACCUCGUUUUCUUUGACGCGAGAUGACGAUGGUGACGCAGCGGCUCCGUUUACUUCACUGGAGACGGUGGCGUUGCUUCGGUGGUGCGCGUGGCACUUGCGAACCGCAUUGAACGGUCUGCAGGAUAACGGACCGCAGUUGAUGGAGUGCAUUCAGCUAGCGGUGACACUGAUGUCACGAUUUCUACGCCUUAUAGUUGACAUUGGGUUGCAGGGCGGUGCCGUGGAUAGUGCCGUGGAUGAGCUGGAGCUGAGUGACAUGGGGUACGCUGUAGCCGACCAGGUGUUAUUAUUGCUUUAUUCUUGCGCGCCUCUUCGUGCCCGUGGCUGCUUUCCGUCAUUUUCCUUUCUUCCAUCGCUUGGUGUGGGAUCAUUUCACGAGGACAAUGACGGAAGCGGCACCAACCGUUUGUCUCUCGGGGAAGCAGCUUGGGCGGGUGGUGACGAUGAGACCUGCGGCGGACAUGAUGGCAAUCAUCAUCGUCAUCAUCAUGGUACAAGUACGGCCGCUGAUGACAGAUGGCGCAGCCUGCGCAUCUCUGAGGAUGCUCAACAGGCUUUUCUUUGCAGCCAGCGAGAGCGAUGGGAGCGUGCACUGAAGUUGUUGCUGCGAACACAGCGUUGGAAUGAAUGGGUGGAUGCAAGUUUGGAUACGCCUCCACCUGCGGAGAAAAAUAAAGAAGAGAAUGAGACGCUUGCGGCGGAGGAGUUGCGAACUCUCUUGGCAUUACCAAUGUCUGUCCUUCAGACGCUGAAGUAUGUCCUUGCGCAGCACGGUCAGUGGGGCAUCUGCAGGGCACUAUGGAAGGAGACGGUGCGCAAACGUUUUCAAGAAACACCAUCCUUGUCUACUUCUACCGACUCGUCGCUAUCGCCGUUUGCGGCAUUGCAUCAUCCUUUCAAUGUUGAUAAUAUCAUCACUGCACUGGCUUUUGUAAAUGCGAGGCCGUCUUUAUCGUCAGCGGCGGCGACAGAAGGGACGAAAGACGCCCCGGAUCUUUCAGCGAGACUGCUGCGGCUACUGCUGCAAUUGGGUGUUGUACCAAACCGUCCUCUUUCCGCCGCGGAGUUUGCAGCACUUCUGCGGCAGUCAUUUGGCCUUCCGUUGGGUUGUGGCCCUGUGGAGGGAAUUUUGUCGCCGUCGUUUGUCUGGCGCCGAACAGCAGCACAUCCACACCGUGUUCGCGCGACACUGUGCAUCCUCUGCUUUCAGCUCGUCGUCAAGUGUGGGUUGACCCACACGUUGGAGGUGGAGGAUUUGUACGUCGUGACGAGCAUCUUGCGACAGUUCCUUCAAGGACAGUUUAGGCGAGGAGUCUCUCGUGCCCCGGCCGCCGCCUCCGUCUCAGAGGAGGGAGGCGGCGAGGGGGAGGGGGAGGAGGAUGGUCGCUAUCGUAUCGGAGAGAAUCUUGCCGAAAAGGAUGGGGAGAGGGCAUUGGGGCUGCUUCCGGUCACAUUUGCCGCUGCCACUCGCCGUACGAAGAUGAUAGCAGCGGAAGCCCAUAUUGUUGCCAUUACGGAGGUGUUUCUUGCGCGCCGACGGGAAAUUCUUCCUGUCAGGGAGGAGGAAGCAGAGGGGGGCGCCAAAAGGACGGGAACAAACAUGGACCCACAAUUUGAUUCUCUGCACACCGCUGCGAACACCGUUGUUGCUGCUGCUGCUGCUGGCAAUAAUAGCAAGAAGAAAAGGACCAAUAAACGAAAAAGCCAAAGUGCUGUCAUACUUUCCCUUUUGUCGCGGGAGAUCAUGGCACUUAUGGCUGUGGCACCUUAUGGCAAUGCAGUUGUAAGAACAUGGCAAGCGGCGCUGUGCGCCAUCUCCAGUGAGGUUGAGCGGGAUGCCCUGGAUCACUGUUCUGCACGCGCUGUGGAGGGUCUUGCUAGUGCAAUGGCGAAAAAUGUGCUCGAGCCUGGUGGUAUUCAGCUUCUUGAGCCACUUUUGCGUCUGGCACCGUAUUUGUCACCUUUUACUGUAAGCAAGAUUAUACAAAGCCCAGUGGGAAGUCUGCUCACGUGGGAGCAGUCUCUGAGGCUUCUUCCAUGCACACCAUGGGCCUCAAACAUACAGCGCCGCUUAUUGCGUCGUGUUGUGCAGGAGCGAGAUGCUAGCGAAUUACCCAGCGUACAAGGUCUGAUACAAGCCAUCACACUUCCGCCCCGGCUACUGCAUGCUUACCCGACGCUUAUUACGGAUAUGCGCAUGUUAACAAUACUUGCCGAGCGAAACUGGUCCCGUGCGUUGGAGGCGUAUACAAGUUCCGAUUCUAGGGUACAAUGGGCCUGCGCACCUCACGUUAUGCGGCUAGCCAUCUUAGCGGAUGUGUGGCACUCUCCGCAUGGUAGUGGCUGCGAAGCGCUUCGUUCCGUGUUGUGGGUGGCCGUUAGGGCGAUUGGUGGGGAACGUGUCGCGGAAGAAGUCUUGCACGCCAGCCUGAGGCGCGGAAUGUGGGCCACCGGCCUUGCCUUCACCAGUUACUCAAA